AUAUAACUGCCGAUAAAUCCAUUUUUUUGCCUUAUUUUUAUUUGUUAAAUAGUACUUUCGCAUUCCAUUUUUGCAGAUUCUCACUAGAUUCUGCGUUUGUGCUGUGAUAGCGGUUGACCUCAAACCCCCACCACUCUUAUGUUUCUGUUCUUUCCUAUUCGUCUUCUGUGCUCAAACAAGACAAAAACAAACAUAAACACAGACAACAAAAUAGGGUAACUUCAUUAGAUGCAAAUGCUGAUCAAAACCAAGGGUCCCCUAGAUCUUGUUUGAUUUCACUCUCUCACCAUUGCUUUGGUAGUGGGGAGAUGAAACAUGGAGUCUAGUGAGAAUGAGAGGUUGUCGGUUAGAGAGGUUCAUGCAAAUGGAAGCCGUAUGAUUGCAACAGAAGUUGAGGCUAAGCUUGAUGAAGGAAAUAUUCAAGAGGCAGAAUCUGCAUUGCGAGAAGGGUUGUCACUCAAUUUUGAGGAAGCAAGGGCUCUUCUUGGGAAGUUGGAGUAUCAGAGAGGUAAUGUAGAAGGUGCUCUCCGUGUCUUUGAUGGGAUCGAUCUCCAUGCUGCUAUACAGCGGUUGCAAUCCUCCUUUGCUGAAAAAUCACCCGCCAAAAAAGGUCGUACUCGCACAGAAUCACCUUCUUCAGUCUCUCAGCAUGCUGCUAGUUUGGUGCUUGAAGCCAUCUACUUAAAAGCCAAGUCUCAACAAAAACUCGGGAAAUUUGCGGAUGCUGCUGAUGACUGUAAACGUAUUCUUGAUGCUGUUGAGAAGAUAUUUUAUCAGGGUAUACCUAAUUUUCAAGUGGACAAUAAAUUGCAAGAGAUAAUCAGCCAUUCAGUAGAGCUCCUUCCAGAGCUUUGGAAGCAAGGUGGUUGCUAUGACGAGGCAAUCUCGGCUUAUAGGCGUGCCCUUCUCAGUCAAUGGAACCUCGACAAUGAUUGUUGUUCAAGAAUUCAGAAAUCAUUUGCUGUUUUUCUUCUGUACAGUGGUGUGGAGGCAAGUCCGCCUAGUUUAUCAGUUCAGAUUGACGGUUCUUAUGUUCCUAAAAAUAAUCUCGAAGAGGCGAUUCUGCUUCUAAUGAUUCUUAUAAGAAAGUUUUCUGCUGGUAAGAUAAAAUGGGACCCUUCAAUUAUGGAACACCUAACUUUUGCACUUUCUGUAUGUAGCCAAACUUCUGUUUUAGCAAAGGAAUUUGAAGACUUGAUGCCUGGGGUAUACCAUCGUAUCGAUCGUUGGAAUACUUUAGCUUUAUGUCAUUGUGCAACCGGACAAAAUGUCAGUGCUUUGAAUCUGCUAAGGAAGUCAUUGCACAAACAUGAACGACCAGAUGACCUUACAUUGUUAUUAUUAGCUGCUAAGAUCUGCAGUGAAGAUCCUUAUCUUGCUGGCGAGGGAGUCGGCCAUGCACAGAGAGCAAUCAGUAAUGCACAUGGUCCAAAUGAGCAUUUAAAAGGUGUUGCUCUACGGAUGUUGGGACUUUGUCUCGGAAAGCAAGCUAAGGUUGCUUCCUCUGACAUUGAGAGGUCUCGCCUUCAAUCCAAAGCUUUGGAGUCGUUAGAGGAGGCAACUAGAUUGGAGAAAAACAAUUCUGGUCUGAUUUUUGAGUUGGCGGUUCAAUAUGCCGAGCAUCGAAAUUUGACCGCUGCUUUGCGUUCCGCGCGGCAUUUCUUCAAUGAAACUGGUGGCUCUAUAGUGAAAGCUUGGAUAUUGCUUGCUCUGAUUUUGUCUGCACAACAAAGAUUUGCGGAAGCUGAAGUGGUGACAGAUGCUGCUUUAGAGCAGAUUGUGAGAUGGGAGCAGGGGCCUCUGCUUAAGCUUAAAGCAAAGCUGAAAAUCUCCCAAUCAAAAGCCAUGGAUGCUAUUGAAACUUAUCGCUACCUUCUUGCAUUGGUUCAAGCCCAGAAGAAAUCCUUUGGGUCUUUCCGAGUUAGUUCGAAGGUUGAAGAUGAUAAAGUUAAUGAAUUCGAUAUUUGGCAUGGUCUCGCAAAUUUAUAUGCCAGCCUUUCUCAUUGGAAGGAUGCUGAAAUCUGUUUGCAAAAGGCCAGGGAGUUGAAGCGGUACUCUGCAGCUAUUUUGCGCACUGAAAGUAUUUUGUUUGAAGGACGCGGACAAAACCAAGAAGCUCUCAAUACUACUAUUAAUGCUAUACUACUUGAACCAAACCAUGUUCCAAGCAAAAUCUUAAUGAGUGCUUUGAUUCAGAAAAUGGGUUCAAAGGCUUUGGCUGCUGCAAGAAGCAUGCUAUCUGAUGCGCUUAGAAUAGAACCGACCAACCGGAUGGCUUGGUAUUCCUUGGGAUUGGUUCACAAGAAUGAUGGCCGAAUGCUUGACGCUGCGGACUGCUUCCAGGCAGCUUCCAUGCUGGAAGAGUUUGAUCCCAUCGAAAGUUUCAGCACUGUACUUUGAAUAUUUCGAUUUUGGAAUGGUUAACUCUGCAGCCUUCAGUGAGAUUGAUACCGUUAUGAUUUUUGGUUAUGCAUCAUUUGGGUUCAAUGGGACAAAAUAGAAACAGAUUUAGGAAUUGUUUUGCUUUUUUUGGAAACAAAAAAAUUUGUCAUCACAAACUAUAGACUCAAAGAAAAAGAAUUGAAAACAUUAUUUACGAAAUAAGGUGAGAUUGAAUGAGUUGUAAAUUUGUAAUGAACUUCGACCGGAAGAGAUUUUGAUGUAGUUCAAUAGCUGUUCAGCUUUGUAAAAAUGUAUGUCGCUUAAUGCGGUAUCUAUGUUGCAAGGAAAAAUGUAUUUGAGGUGAGUUGAAUUAUAAUGUAAGAUGUGGUGCUGUUAUUGUAAAUUCAUGUUAUUUGUCUUGAA